CUAAACUGGAGGGACAAAACAAAUCGGCUAGGGCUUGUUUGGCAAUUGGGAAUACAAAUCCGAACAAACGCGAAUCAAUCUCAAUCCUCAUUCCUCAAUGCGAAUUGCUAAACCAUGGAACCAGACCAAGACCUCACCACACUCUUCCACACCUCCGAUCCGCCAACCACCGCCACCACGCGGCGGAGAAUCUGCAGCGGAGGCUGCGACAGGCCGGUAAACGUGUGCCUCUGCGAAAAAAUCCCAGCCGAAUCCAUCUCAACACUCACCCAAGUCGUGAUCCUCCACCACCCCCACGAGCAGCGCCACAAGCUCGCCACCGUGCCCGUCCUCGCCAAGUGCCUCCGCCACUGCCAGACCCUAGUCGGCCGCCGCUUACGCCUCGGCGACUCGCCUCUCCUCGAUUCUCUCUACAAUGCCGCCGUUGAAAACCCUAGUCGACCGUAUAGCGCCGUGUAUCUGUUUCCUGGUACAGAUUCAUCGCCUGCAAUUGAUAUUAGCAAGUGUCAAUCCUCAUUGCGUGGUUCUUACAUAAGCAAGUAUGUUCUCAUUGCUUUCGAUGCGACCUGGAAGCACGCUAAGGAGAUGGUACAAGCAAGUUUACCCUUUUUAUCAAAGUUUGCAGUACGGGUUUGUUUAGAUUAUGAUGUUGGGAAAGAAGGCGGGACCAUAUUUGAUUCGGAAUUGAUUCUAAGGAAGGAGCCCUUUAGCGGGUGCAUGAGCACGAUGGAGGCUAUUGCACGAGCUUUGUGUGUUCUUGAGCCUCAUGGGGUUGAGAUUGAGGGUAGGUUGGUGGAGGUUUUAAGAGCUAUGGUUAGGUUUCAAGCUUGUUACUUGAAGCCCAUGAAGCCAAGGCCUAAGUUGCUGAAGAGGGGUAAGGAGGAUGAGAUGAAGAAUCAGAGUGCUGUAGUGUUUGGUUUAUGAUUUUGAAUUCCAUACGAACUUAUCUCUUGCUUUCGAUUUGAUAACACUUCAAUACCCUGUUGUGGAUAUUGUUGUAGCUUCCCCUAUUGAUGAGAUAGUAACAUGUUCCCUACCUCACUUUUUCCCUUUUUUCAGGAGAAAAUUUUAUAGCACAUUAUACAAUUGUUUUCUUAUCUCUUGUAAUUUUUCUGUCCUUUUUUCCCUUGGUGGGGAAAGGAAUUCUUAAUGUUAGGCCAACUUUAUCUGUAAAUCUUAUUUGAAAUUUAGCUACUGUCGAUAAGGCAUUUUUGGUUCCAU